UCAUUGCUUAGCUCACUGAAUACUUAAUUUUUAAAAUUACUUGUAGAAUUUGAGAAUCACUCACUAGUACAAUACUUUGUUUACAUUGAGACUCUUCUAAGGAGACAAUGUACCUGUGUGGUCUGAAAGUACCUCUUCAUAUUGAGGCUUUCAAAAAGUCUGAAGAGGAUGGACCUGUGACUGGGAAUCCUUAAAGAUUUUACCAAGAAAAACUCAUUAGAGACAUUUAAAAUUGCCUUUUAGGCAAGUAAGAGAAAUUCUGGAUCAUCUGGCAGUUGGGAAGGAGUUUAAAUAUUAAGUUUAGUCUAAUUUGACUUUUGCCUUGUUCCUCUAUUGCUUCACUCCUUGAUAAAUAGUUGUAGCAUCUGAAAGUUGGCUUAGCCAUUCCCCUUUUAGAUGUGAAUAAGAUAAUAAAUGAGAGGUUAUUCGAAACUGAGUGUCUUCAUUUUAUUGGGUGUUUUCUUGCAUUUCUUACCUUGGUAUUGAUUCUUAGAUUUUUACUGUGGCAUUUGGAAUACUUUGAAUUUAAUAUUAGUGCCUUUAUGUUUAUAUAUAGAUUAUCCACAUGUCAUUCAUUCAAAUAUAUUGGACAGCAGCUGCACAAUACUAGAUAAUGGGAACAUGAAUGAAUAAUUCAGUCUCUGUGUUCAAGCUGUUUCUAGACUGGAGGACAGAAAGAUUAAUAAACCAGAAGUUAGAAUACAGUAUAAGUACAAUGAUAGAGAUAAUAUCACCUACUGCAUUAUUUUUGGCUGCAAAAGUGGAAGAACAGGCUCGAAAACUUGAACAUGUUAUCAAAGUAGCACAUGCUUGUCUUCAUCCCCUAGAGCCACUGCUGGAUACUAAGUGUGAUGCUUACCUUCAACAAACUCAAGAACUGGUUUUACUUGAAACCAUAAUGCUACAAACCCUAGUGCUUUUCAUUUCAGGUUUUGAGAUCACCAUUGAGCACCCACACACAGAUGUGGUGAAAUGUACCCAGUUAGUAAGAGCAAGCAAGGAUUUGGCACAGACAUCCUAUUUCAUGGCUACCAACAGUCUACAUCUUACCACCUUCUGUCUUCAGUACAAACCAACAGUGAUAGCAUGUGUAUGCAUUCAUUUGGCUUGCAAAUGGUCCAAUUGGGAGAUUCCUGUGUCAACUGAUGGAAAACAUUGGUGGGAAUAUGUGGAUCCUACAGUUACUUUAGAAUUAUUAGAUGAGUUAACACAUGAAUUUCUACAGAUACUGGAGAAAACGCCUAGUAGGUUGAAGAAGAUUCGAAACUGGAGGGCUGAUCAGGCGGCUAAGAAACCAAAAGUAGAUAGACAAGUAUCGGAAACACCGCUUCUUGGUUCAUCUCUGGUCCAAAAUUCCAUUUUAGUAGAUAGUGUUGCUGGUGUGCCUGCAAACCCAAGUUUUCAGAAACCAUCUACAUCAGCAUUCCCUGCACCAGUACCUCUGAAUUCAGGAAAUAUUUCUGUUCAAGACAGCCAUACGUCUGAUAAUUUGUCAGUACUAGCAACAGGAAUGCCAGGUACCUCAUACAGUUUGUCGUCACACCAAGAAUGGCCUCAACAUCAAGAAUCAGCAAGGACCGAGCAGAUAUAUUCACAGAAACAGGAGACAUCUCUGUCUGGUAGCCAGUACAACAUCAACUUCCAGCAGGGACCUUCUCUCUCCCUGCAUUCAGGAUUGCAUCACAGACCUGACAAAAUUUCUGAUCAUUCUUCUAUUAAGCAAGAAUAUACUCAUAAAGCAGGGAGCAGUAAGCACCAUGGACCAAUAUCUGCUACUCCAGGAGUUAUUCCUCAGAAGAUGUCUUUAGAUAAAUACAGAGAAAAACGUAAGCUAGAAACCCUUGAUCUGGAUGUCAGGGAUCAUUAUAUAGCUGCCCAGGCAGAACAGCAACACAAACACGUUCAGUCGCAGGCAACCAGCAGCAGCUCUGUAACUUCUCCCAUUAAAAUGAAAAUUCCCAUCACAAAUGCAGAAAAACCUGAAAAAUAUAUGGCAGAUAAGAAGGAAAAAAGUGGAUCGCUGAAAUUACGGAUCCCAUUACCACCCACUGAUAAAAGUGCCAGUAAAGAAGAACUGAAAAUGAAGAUAAAAGUUUCUUCAGAAAGGCACAGCUCUUCUGAUGAAGGCAGUGGGAAGAGCAAGCAUUCCAGCCCACAUAUUAGCAGAGACCAUAAAGAUAAGCACAAGGAACAUCCCUCCAACCGCCAUCACCCCAGCAGUCACAAGCAUUCCCACUCACACAGUGGCAGCAGCAGUGGUGGCAGUAAACACAGUGCUGAUGGAAUACCACCCACUGUUCUGAGGAGUCCUGUUGGCCUGAGCAGUGAUGGCAUUUCCUCUAGUUCCAGCUCUUCAAGGAAGAAGCUGCAUGUCAAUGAUGCAUCUCACAACCAUCACGCCAAAAUGAGCAAAAGUUCCAAAAGUUCAGGUAGUUCAUCUAGUUCUUCCUCCUCUGUUAAGCAGUAUAUAUCCUCUCACAACUCUGUUUUUAACCAUCCCUUACCCCCUCCUCCCCCUGUCACAUACCAGGUGGGCUACGGACAUCUCAGCACCCUCGUGAAACUGGACAAGAAGCCAGUGGAGACCAACGGUCCUGAUGUCCAUCACGAGUACAGUACAAACAGCCAGCAUAUGGACUACAAAGACACAUACGACAUGCUGGACUCGCUGUUAAGUGCCCAAGGAAUGAACAUGUAAUUGUUUGUUUAGGUCAAUUUUUCCUUUCCUUUUUUAAUUUAAAGAUUGUUAGAAUGGAAUCCUCCUGAUCUAGCAGUGGUAACACCUGCCGUUGCUGCCACUGUUUCAAUAUUUGUAAGUGCUGCUUUAUUCUUCAUUCUGAAAAGAAGAGAUUAUAGUAAACAAGUCUUUAUCUCCACAUAUGAUAGUGUUAUAAAUACUGUAAAAGCAUGGAAGGUGCAAAACUCAGUAUUUCUACAAUUGCAGCUGAGAACAUUAGGAUGAAUGGCUGGCUGCUUCUAGGAAUAUAAGAUGCCUCAAGCAUUUGUUAUUUAUAAUUUGAAAACUGUAGCUAUAUUAUUUUUGUUGUUGCUUGACUUUUGAAUGAGUGUAAAUUGUUUUCUUUUGUGUAUUUAUACUUGUAUGUAUGAUUUGCAUGUUUCAAUGUUAAAGGGAUAAAACAGUAUACUGAAAACAGUUUACAGGAAAGUGGAGAAAAAUGUACAUACAUUUUUGUAUGUUUAGAUAUUACCAUAAAUACUCAGGAUUGGAGCUGCUUGUAAGUAUAACAAUAUACAGAAUAACUUUAUUUUAUCUUGUCAGAGUCCAUCACUAAUCUAAAACAAAGGUGGCACUUUUCAUGUUAACCUUAAACUCUAGGCCUUACUGGAAGCCUCUGAAGGGGGACGCUUCAGUACCUGAUGGGUAUGCAGUGCCACAGAUGGUCACUUACACUGUGAGGCACUGACCUGCCUUCAGAGGUUCUGACCAGAUCGGCUGCUGAAAUAGCCCCUAGUUUUCUGAAGGCUUGAAGAGGAAAAAAUUAAGUUUACAUACUCUUGAUGUGAAGUGCAGUUAAAUGUUUGUUGGUUUGUUGCAGUACUAUAACACAGAGCUGUUAAUAAUGGUUAUGUAGAUUACUGUGAUUUGAAAACUAAAUUCACAAAAAGUACAUAGUGAAAAAUUAAGUUUUUUUCCUUAAAGAAAAAACGUCACACUACAUAGUUUAACAGUAAAUAGGGAUCGCGUUUCCUUCAGCAUUCGGAAUGACAGUGUAUUCUCAAACAUACUCCUCCCCUCAAGCUUGUUUGUGUGUGAUGCCACAUUUCUUUUUCAGGUAAAUUCAGUCUUCCUUUAAAAAUAAAAUUAAAACUAUUACUCUCUCAGUUCUUUUAUAUUCUAACAAUAAAUAAAAAGAUCACUGUGCAUUGUAUCUGUAUUUAUAGCUUAUCAGGAACCUCUGAGGAAAAAAAGGUAGACAGCUAGUGGAGGUUUUACAUUUGUUUGCACGUCUCAGUAUAGUCCUGUUGAGGUCAUAUUGGCACAGUCAUCUGACUUUGAAUAAACAAUAGACAUUAAUUUGUUUAAAAUUUGUUUUAAACAGCAGUAAUAGGGCCCUGGUUUAUCAGUGAGUCUUCUAUUUAUUCUGUGGUAAAUCUUUGAGCUGUUGAGUAUCUUUGAGAUGGGUUGAAUUCAGCUUCUGUUGAACUGAAAGCUGUCUUCAUUUUUCCUCUAUGUAUAUGAUUUAUUUUUGUUUUAAAAAGCCACUGAUAUGUGCACAAUUGUAAUUUUAUUCAAGUAUGUUGCAGUUGUAAAUAUGAGAGUUUAAUCUUGUGCUCUACUUUUAUUUAGCAAUUACCUAAUUUGCCAAUAGCUUUAUAAUUUUUUAAAAGAUAAUUGUUUGUUAUUUUGUUAAUGUUAUUUGAAUUUAGUAUAGUAGGAGCUUCUUUCUAGGGACUUUCCCUAGCUAGCAUGUCCUAACAUUUGUUUGUCUUGCAUAACUUUAGUAAUCUUUGUCAUUAUGUGUAACUUUGUUGUUCUGUAUGGCAUAUUAUUGUUAUCCACAAACAUAAUUUUGAUGCAGUUAUACUUUGACAGUGGUACAUAAUCCAAGGACUAGUAUAUAGAAUUAAGCUGAGUACAGAAUGAGGGAGGGAAGGGUUUUGUUCUUGGUAAUUUAGAUGUGAAACCUCUAAGGAGCUAUCAUGUGAAACUACAUAGUGUGGUUAUGCUACUGUAUACUUAGGGAUGAUAAUACCAGGAAUUUUAAUAAGAUUUUGUAAAGAAUAUCCAGAAAAUUAGUGAACAUAUUUUCAGUAUGACAUAGAAAACAAUGUGAAUAUUUAAGGUCUGUGACUAUACUUAAACUUCACAAAGAAUUUGCAGAAUUGUUUUGAGAUGUGGGAAUAAAAGUAAUUUUGUUGAAUCUUUAUUGGUGCUAAUGAUGGACAGUUAAAAAGUUGGCUAGUGUAUAUUGUUAUGGGUCAGUACUUAUUAGUACUUCCAAAAUUGAAUUUAAAAUGCUAUGUAUUCACUUUUCACUCUGUAAAUGUAAAUCUUUACAAUGACUUUAUUUAUUAAAGGGCAGCCAGUUGUAAUUUUUACAGGAUUGUGUGAGCUGUUCAAACUCUUUAACUUCUGAACGGGACAUUAGCUUCCAAAACCAUGAAGGGGAUAAAUAUGGAAAUCCUUUUAAGUUUCAAUUCCAUUCAGUGAAAAUUCACAUAAUUCAUAUUACCAUGAAUUUGCUUUAGCUGUUUCAUUAGCCUGGUCCCAGUAGGCUCAACCAAAGAAAAAGACUCUAGAGAAUGGACAUUAUUUCUGAGUCUUCUUGUAAGUAGCCAUAAAUGAACCAAAAUAGUAUCACCAAAUUUAGGUAUGAAAUUCCACGUGUGCAAAGUACUGUUAAGGUGAAACAUUUUUGAUGAGAUUUUUAAAACUAUUUGAAAUAUUAAAAAGCAUUAUCUUUUAA